GUCACCCGCGUCCUCACGGCCGACCACGAGGUGCGCCUCUCCAACCUCAUGCUGCGCACCCCGGACCAGCGUCUUCUCGUGCAGAACCUGGACCUCAAGCUCGGGGGCGACGAAGGACCCGCCCGGCUGGCCAUCGUGGGGCCCUCCGGCGCGGGCAAGAGCAGCCUGCUGCGCACGCUGUCGGGCCUCUGGGGCGGCGAGAGCUCCGGCAAG